GGCAGGGGCGGGGACUGGAGGGUUCUAGCAGGUUCCAGAAGGCUGGUGGGAAAAAGGAAAGGGGGCCGCAGGAAGGAGGAAAGGCUGAAGUAGAGGCGGCAGCGGUGGCGCGGGAGACCUGGCCGGCGCCAUGGAGAAGGUGAAUGAAUUGAAAGAGAAGGGUAACAAAGCCCUGAGCUCUGGCAACACGGCAGAAGCUAUCAAGCACUACUCGGAGGCCAUCAAAUUGGAUUCUGCCAAUCAUGUGCUGUACAGCAAUCGGUCUGCUGCUUAUGCCAAGAAAGGCGAAUAUCAGAAAGCCCUGGAAGAUGCUUGCAAGACAAUUGAACUGAAGCCAGAGUGGGGCAAGGGCUAUUCCCGAAAGGCAGCUGCCUUGGAAUUUCUGAACCGCUUUGAAGAGGCCAAGAAGACAUAUGCAGAAGGGCUGAAACAUGAGCCAGGCAACGCACAGUUGAAGGAAGGGCUGCAAAACAUGGAGUCCAGGCAUGCAGAAAGGAAUCUCAUGAACCCUUUCAACUUGCCCAACCUUUAUCAGAAGCUGGAGAGUGAUCCCCGCACAAGAGGCUUGCUCAGUGAUCCGAGCUACAGAGAACUGAUCGAGCAGCUUCGCAACAAGCCUUCAGACCUGGGGGCGAAACUAAAGGACCCGCGGGUGAUGACAACCCUUGGGGUGCUACUUGGAGUCGAUUUGGCCAGUGCAGAUGAUGAGGACGAAGCGAUGUCUCCGCCCCCUCCACCACCCCCCAAGAAGGAGCCCAAGCCAGAACCCAUGGAGGAAGACCUGCCGGAGAAUAAGAAGCAGGCUCUUAAGGAGAAAGAACUGGGGAAUGAGGCUUAUAAGAAGAAAGAUUUUGAGGUAGCCCUGAAGCAUUAUGACAAGGCAAAGGAGCUGGAUCCAACCAAUAUGACUUACAUUGCUAACCAAGCAGCGGUGUAUUUUGAGAAGGGGGACUACAACAAGUGCCGGGAAUUGUGUGAACAAGCCAUUGAAGUGGGACGCAAGAACCGGGAGGAUUACCGGCAGAUUGCAAAAGCUUAUGCCCGGAUUGGCAAUUCCUACUUCAAGGAGGAAAAGUACAAGGAAGCCACUCAGUUUUACAACAAGUCUCUGGCUGAACACCGGACUCCGGAUGUACUGAAAAAGUGUCAACAGGCCGAGAAAAUCUUGAAAGAGCAAGAAAGAGUCGCCUAUAUAAAUCCUGAUCUUGCUCUGGAAGAGAAAAACAAAGGCAAUGAGUGUUUCCAGAAAGGGGACUAUCCACAAGCAAUGAAACACUACACAGAAGCCAUCAAACGCAACCCCAACGAUGCCAAACUGUACAGCAACAGAGCUGCCUGUUACACCAAAUUGCUGGAGUUCCAGUUAGCAGUAAAGGACUGUGAAGAAUGUAUCUGCCUGGAACCCACGUUCAUCAAAGGCUACACACGUAAGGCAGCAGCACUGGAAGCAAUGAAAGAUUAUACCAAAGCCAUGGAUGUCUACCAGAAAGCCCUUGAACUGGACUCCAACUGCAAGGAAGCUACAGAGGGCUACCAGCGAUGCCUCAUGUCCCAGUACAACCGCAAUGACAACCCUGAGGAUGUGAAGCGCCGUGCCAUGGCCGACCCAGAGGUGCAGCAGAUCAUGAGUGACCCGGCCAUGAGGCUGAUCCUUGAACAGAUGCAGAAAGACCCACAAGCCCUAAGCGAACACUUGAAGAAUCCCGUCAUUGCUCAGAAAAUCCAGAAGCUCAUGGAUGUUGGUUUGAUCGCAAUUCGGUGAUGAUUUUGACUCUGCGCCCUCCCUCCUUCCCCUGUUGAAAAGGGCAGCUGGGACUUCUGGAUGCUGGCAACGCAGUCCAAGGGCGCCCCCCCCCCCGUCAGAGGCAGAGACUUGUACAGUUGUGUGGUGUGUUAGUCUCUCUCGCACAUAUACAUGCGUUUGUGCUCACAUCAAGCACCCUGCCAGCACAGGGCGUGGCCUCUCAGUCCUUGUGGCCCCAUCGCUCUGCCACUCAGCAGUUAUUCCCAUUUGUGAGCUGCUCUCUUCUUUCCCUCCCCGCUCCCCCCUCCCAAGUUUUUAAUUAUCUUUGCCGGUGGCUGUGGCGUGGAGAAAGCGCAUCACUCGUUCAUUUGUCUGGUUUCUUUUGGCUGUGAGGCUGCAUUUUUUUUGUCGUCUGCUGCACACCCAAUAAAAAAGCAAAGUUAGUGGCCUUGG